GUCAUCGCUUGGAGGCGGGGUGCCAUCGGUGGCGUCAACGGGGCUGUGACGUCAUGGUUUGGAGCGGUGAUGUCAUCAUGCGGUGUUGUGAUGUCACCCCCCGGAGGUGUGAUGUCAUCGCUUGGAGCUGUGACGUCAUCAUUCGGAGCGGUGACGUCAUCGCUUGGAGCUGUGAUGUCAUUUGGUGUGGUGACAUCAUUCGGAGCCGUGACGUCAUCGCUUGGAGCAGUGAUGUCAUUUGGUGCUGUGACGUCAUCGCUUGGCGCUGUGAUGUCAUCGCCUGGAGCUGUGAUGUCAUCUGGUGUGGUGGCGUCAUCAUUCGGACCCGUGAUGUCAUCACUCGGAGCUGUGAUGUCAUCGCUUGGCGCUGUGACGUCAUUUGGUGUGGUGACAUCAUCGCUUGGCGGUGUGACAUCAUCGCUUGGCGCUGUGAUGUCAUCAAUCGGAGCUGUGACGUCAUCACUUGGCGCUGUGACGUCAUUGUUCACAGCUGUGAUGUCAUCACUUGGAGCGGUGACAUCGUUGGAGCUGUGACGUCAUCACUCGGAGCCGUGAUGUCACUCGGAGCUGUGACGUCAUCGCUUGGAGCCGUGAUGUCAUUUGGCGCUGUGACGUCAUCAUUCGGUGCCUCGAUGUCGUCACCCAGCUCUGAAGUCAGGACUUGGAGCUGUGACGUCAUCACUCGGCGUCAGGCCGCCAGCAGUUGCGGCUGUGACGUCAUCAUGCAGUGCCACGACGUCAUGGCUGCCGGCGGUGACAUCACUGGGGCCCUGUGAUGUCAUCGGUGCCCUGUGACGUCACCAUGCGGUGCUGUGACGUCAUCGUGGGGGGGGGGCAGAUGACAGCGGACAAUUUUUAUCCCCGUUUUGCCCAAAAUCGCCGUUUUCCACCCCGAUUUUUCUCAGGUUUGGGGAUUCCCGUUAUUUAACUCCCCCCUCCUCCAUUUUCUUCUUCUCCUCUUUCUCCCAAACCGCGGCUUUUCAGCCCAAAUUGAACCCAAACCUCCCAGUUUCACCCCCAAACCAAACUUUUCCUUCACCGUUUGCCCGUUUUUCCGCUUCCUUCCCCAUUUUAGGGUGGAAAAACCCCAAAAUACCGCGAUUUCCUGCCGCCUCUUUCCGUUUUUAAGGGAGCUCUUUCUCCUUUAAAGCAUUUUUCUCAUUUUCCGCUCUUCUUUCCUUCCGUUUUUCUCCCAU